AUGGGGACUCCAAAGGAUCACAUUGAAGAGAUAAGAAGGAACAAGUUCUCCAUUGGGGGCACACCAAACCCAUUGAUUGAAGACUUGCAUCAAGCUGUUAAAAAUCUCUCUGUUGAACUUUAUGCCAAAGAUGUUCAUUUUCUCAUGGAACUCAUUCAGAAUGCUGAAGAUAAUCAGUAUUCUGAAGGAGUGAGUCCUUCACUUGAGUUCAUCAUAACUACUAAGGACAUAACAGCUACUGGUGCUCCAGCCACGUUACUGAUUUUCAACAAUGAAAAGGGUUUCUCCCCUAAAAACAUUGAAUCUAUAUGCAGUGUUGGACGGUCCACAAAGAAAGGCAAAAGGAGCAGUGGUUACAUAGGCGAGAAAGGAAUUGGUUUCAAGAGUGUAUUUCUAGCUACUACUCAGCCACAUAUUUUUAGCAAUGGAUAUCAGAUACGGUUCAACGAGAAUCCUUGUCAACAUUGCGGCCUUGGCUAUAUAGUUCCUGAAUGGGUUGAGAAGCCAACCCAUCUUGACAUAGAGGAGAUAUAUGGUGCUGGUGACAAUGCUGUUCCAACUACAACAGUUGUCUUACCUCUGAAGCAGGAUAAGGUCAAUCCGGUGAAACAGCAGCUGUCAAAUGUUCAUCCAGAAGUUCUGUUGUUCCUUUCUAAGAUCAGACACCUUUCUGUCAGAGAAAGUAAUCAUGAUCCAAAGCUGAACACUGUGAACUCCAUAUCUAUUUCAAGUGAAAUUAACUUUGCAACAAGGAAAAACAUGAAUGCUGAGUCGUACACACUUCAUCUAUCUGCUGAGGAAAAUGGUGGUUCUGAAAAGGAAUGCAGCUACUAUAUGUGGAAGCAGAAGUUUCCUGUCAGGUCUGAAUAUGUGGUGGAAAGGAGAAGGGAUGUUGAGGAAUGGGCUGUUACAUUAGCCUUACCAAAUCAAGAGAGGCUUCAUAGGGGAAGGACCUCACCUGGGGUCUAUGCAUUUCUUCCUACAGAGAUGGUAACUAACUUCCCCUUCAUAAUUCAAGCAGAUUUUGUCCUAGCUUCGUCAAGGGAGACAAUUCUCUUUGAUGAUAAGUGGAACGAAGGAAUACUAGAUUGUAUUCCUUCAGCAUUUAUGGAUGCUUUCAAAACACUUGUCAUAGGAUCAGAUCAAGCUCCCUUGUCCAGUUUGGCUCCCAUGUUCAAAUUCAUUCCCAUUAAUAGUUCUCCUUAUGAGAAGUUAAAUCAUGUGAGGGAGAAAAUCAAAUCAAAACUGCUUGAUGAAAAAAUUAUUCCUAUUGAGACAUAUAAAGAGCAGAAGCAUUUCUUUAAGCCUUGUGAAGUUGGAAGGCUACUGCCUCAAUUUUGGAGUAUUUUGUCUGAGGCUCGUGCGCAAGGAGUGCUCUUGCUUAACCUAUCAUCUCACGAUGGAAUUAAAAUUUUGAGUUCUUCAUUUGAUAAAAGCCAGUAUGAUGGAAUACUAAAUUUUUUAGGAGUUCAACAGGUCAAAGUUGAUUGGUAUGCAAAGUGCAUUCGAAGUUCCAAUCUUGUGGAUGGAGUAUCUGAAGAUGUUUAUCUGAAGCUUCUACAGUUUGUUGCUACAAACUGGGAAAUGAAGUUUGAUGGAUCCAACAUGGUUAGCAUUCCUUUGUUGAAGUAUGUGUGUUCUGAUGGGAGCCUGUCCUAUUUCAGUGUUUCUGAUUGCACCUACGGUGGAAAGCAAUUAGUUAUAGCAGACCCGAAUCAGUUAUGUCCAUGUUCUUGGAUGAUUGAUUGGAACUGGGAGUUUUCAGGUGCAUCCAACCUGUUUUUUUUGCCAGAAUUGACACAGAAAGCUGUCUUGCAUUUUCCCCACAGGCAAACUUUAUUGGAAUGGCUGGAAAAUGAAGUUAACGUGACUACUUUGAAUGUGCACUCUUUUGCAAAUUUACUUUGCAGUUCUAUUAAAGGAAACUGUAAACGUGCUAUUACAUAUGCUCACUUUUUAUAUCAUUCUUUGUCUAAUGGUUACUUGUCAAGUCGGGAGGUCGAUGGCUUGGUUACUUCUAUGCCACUUGUUGACAACUAUGGACAUGUGACUGACAGUAGAAAAGGGGUUCUUUUACCUGCAAAUGUGAGCAAAUGGGCAGACCUGAUUGUUUCGAAUCCAUGGAGAAGUGAAAAUUAUGUUGAGCUGGGAAAGGAGUAUUUACAGCAAUCUUGUUAUGCAGGCCAAUCCACAGACUAUAAGGAACUAAUCGAAUUCCUGAAAGAUCAUGCUGAUGCAUCUGACAUUCCUUAUAUAUCUCCGCCAAAUGCUGGGUUUCCUGGUGUAGAUACACCACUUACAAAAGAUAAUGCUUUUUUACUCUUAGAUUGGAUUCGGAACCUGAAGUAUAGAGGAGUGCAUCUACCAGAGAGGUUCUUGAAAUGCAUAAAGGAAGGAAGCUGGCUUAAAGUUACAAUCACUGGAUGGAGGCCACCCUCAAAGUCAUUCUUAAUUCGCUCAUCAUUGGGAAGAAUUUUGCAAAGUGGUUCUGUUCUUGUUGACAUUCCAUUGGUCGAUGAGAGUUUCUAUGGUAGAAGAAUACUUGAGUAUGAGGAGGAGCUGAAAACAGUUGGUGUGAUGUUCAGUUAUGAGCAAGCGUGUGAAUUCAUUGGAAAAGAACUAAUGAAUCGUGCAGAAUCUUUCACUUUAAGCAGGAAUCAUGUUAUUUUGAUGCUGAAAUUCAUCCAAUAUCUGAGACAAAGCCUUCUUCCUUCAGACAAAUUUGUCAACAGCAUCAGAAAGGGAAGCUGGUUAAAGACAUCUCAUGGUCUGAGGUCUCCCGUCGGAUCUGUAUUAUAUGAUUCGGGAUGGGGAGUUGCAUCACAAAUUAGUGCCAUCCCUUUUAUUGAUCAGGUUUAUUUUGGUGAGGAAAUAUAUAAUUUCAAAGAGGAGCUUAAGUUGCUUGGCGUUAUAGUUGGCUUCAAUGGAAAUUACAAUGUUGUAAUUGAUCAUAUAAAGCCAGCCUAUAAUUUGGCAUGUUUAACAGCUGAGGCUGUUCUGUUGAUAAUGGAAUGUAUAAAACAGUCCUCUAGCUCAGGUGGUAAACUCUUAAAUUUAUUCAAAGGUAUGAGCUUUCUGAAGACAAAUAAUGGAAUGUAUAAAACACCAGGUGAAUGUUUUUUGUAUGAUCCUGUAUGGGGCUGCCUUUUCGCGGUGUUUAGUGAUUUUCCAGUGAUUGAUCACAAGUUCUACGGUGAUAAGAUAUUUAAUUACAAAGGUGAAUUAAAGAAAACUGGGGUGGUGGUUGAUUUUGAGGAGGCUAUCCAAAAAUUUCAUUGCCUCUUCAAACAAGCCUCAAAACGUUCAUUUACCCCACAACAUGUCAAGUCUCUUCUCCAUUGUUUCAGGCUGCUGAAGGGAACUCAAUAUAGAUUUCCUGCUGAUUUCUUAUCGACUGUACAAAAUGAGAAGUGGUUGUUUACUCGAGUUGGUGGUUAUAGAUGUCCCACAGAUUGCAUUUUUUAUGGUGUGGAGUGGAAAUCUAUCUCUACAAUAACUUGUCUUCCUUUUAUUGAUGACAGUGACAACUGUUAUGGUCAAGAAAUACACAAGUACAAGGAAGAGCUGAAGAGCAUUGGUGUUGUUACUGAAUUGAAAGAUGGGGUGAUGUUUGUGCCUAAAUGUUUGAAAUUUCCUUUAGAUCCCUCCACCAUUACUCCUGAAAGUGUGUUAGCUUUUCUGGGAUGCAUCAGACUUUUAAUGCACAGGACUAAUCUUUUCAUUGAAGAUGACUUCAGAAGAAGACUGUGCAGAAAUUGGUUGAAGACACAUGCUGGUUAUAGGCCACCGAAAAAAUGUUUGUUGUUCGAUUCCAAGUGGAAUUCAUUCUUGAAGCCAACUGAUGGGCCUUUCAUUGAUGAGAAUUUUUAUGGUCCCAAAAUUUCAUCUUACAAGAAAGAACUCAAUGCAAUUGGGGUCAUUGUUGACAUUGAGAAAGGGUGCUUCUUGGUUGCUAGUCACCUUGAGUGUCUCUCUGAUUAUAACACCAUCGUGCAAGUAUAUAGGUACUUAAGUGAAUACAAGUGGAAACCAGAAGAUAAAUCUGUCCCAAAGAUUUGGAUUCCAGACAAUGAAAUCUGGGUGAAUCCUGAAGAAUGUAUCAUACAUGAUCAGGAUGAACUUUUUGAUUCAGAAUAUUAUGUUUUGGAAGAUAUCUAUGAAAAGGAUAUUCUUCCUUUUUUCUCAUUUGCCAUGGAAGUGAGGAACAAGCCUUCAAUUGAUGAUUAUGUUGACCUGUGGAAGCAUUGGGAGGAUUCAUUGGAACAACUGUCAUACGACAAGUGCUCUAAGUUCUGGAUGUUUAUGCUGAAACAUGCGAGCUCAAGUGUGGAGAAGAAACUCUCUGAAAAGUUGAUGAAAUUGCCUGCAACAUCAGGCAACAAUAAAAUCAUUUUGUUAGAUAAGGAGGAUGUUUUUAUUCCUGAUAACCUUUAUCUGAAGAGGCUUUUUGAGAAUGAGAAUGUUUUUGUCUGGUUUCCUCAGAACAUGGCACCAUUGUACAGGUGUAAAUUGUUUGACAUCUAUAGAAAAAUUGGUGCUCAAAAUAUCUCUGAAUCUUUGUCUAAGGAAGAGUCAUCCUUACUGAAUGGCGAUGAAUUUAAUCAGGUUGAUGCUUGUAAUAUUUUCAACAUGAAGGGGUUAGUCAAGCUUAUUCUUGGUUUUCUUGCUUGUUCUAGCCUCAAAAUGAAACAAGAUGAGAGGCACAAUGCUGUUCAAGGCCUACUCAACCUUAGUUUCUUUGAGACAAUGAAGCCAGUCACCGUAAGCUAUAGUUUAUCACUGUCAUCAGGUGACAUCAUUAGCAAGAAGGCAAACAGAAUGGUGCGGUGGGAAAGGGAAAGUUCCAAAUUUUUCACUCAGAAGAUGGAUGGGCAUCCUGGAAAUGGAAGUUUGAUAAAAUAUGCUACCUAUUUCUCUGAAACAAUAUCAGAGGGUGUUUUGCGCGAGAAUCAUGAUCAUGUUCCUGCACUAUCUGAGCUGAUCAAGUUGGCUUUUCUGUUGAAAUUCAACAAUGAGGCAAUUGAAUUUCUUAUGGAGUCCAAGAACUUGCAGAUUUUUGGUGGAGAUCAGAAGUUCCUUACUUCUGGCUUCCUAUCUGACUAAGUCUACUGCAUUGAUGUUUAAAAUGUUUAAACUAAGGUUUGCAUAUUACCAUAUGUGUAUUUAUAAAUUCUGUUUCAAAGUUUGCUUGUUCCCUUGUGUGGUGUGUGAUUAGUUAAUGACAGAGAAAAAUGUUGCAUUAGCUGUUAAGACUUGAAGUAUUAGUUACUCAGUUUCAUGGUCAAUGCUUUGGUUUUCGUUGUCUGAAUGAAUAUUUCCCAUGUUUAUAAUCUCUCUUAAUAUCUUUAAUUUUGUUUGAUGAAAAAUUGGACCUUGCUACAUUUGUGGUCUUGAAAGUCUCAUAUUACUAUUAGU